AUGUCUAAAUCAGAAUCUAAUAAUUUAAGUGAUAAUAAUAGUCGUGAUAUUAAUCCGACAAGUGUUAAGAGUACUGUCCCUAAAAUCAGGCAAGAAUUACUCAAGUGGAACGGAUGGGGAUACAAAGAUUCGGAAUUUGUUGUUAAAGACAAUUCAAUUAUUGAAUUCACUGGGUCACGGUACCCGAUUGGAAACCUGCAGUUGCCUUACUUUACGCAAUGGGUUCAAGAAGUCCUUGGAGUAGAUUUGACAAAAAAAACACCAUCACAGUCAUUACCAGUAUCUUUCCCUGAUCCAAUACUCUCUCAGGACUUUCUAGAUGCCGUCAAAGAAUUACAAAUAGCUUUUUCUACUGAUGGUAUGGAUAGACUGUUUAGGGCUCAUGGACAUACACUUCGUGAAAUGAUUUUGUUGAAACAUGGUCAUUUUGAUAGGAUACCAGAUAUUAUUCUUUGGCCAAAAUGCCAUAAUGAUGUUGAAAGGAUAAUACGAAUAUGCGUCAAGUAUGGAGUCGCUUGUAUACCUUUUGGCGGUGGUACUAGCGUUAGUGGAGCUGCUAGUUGUCCUACAGAAGAACGUCGCACGAUAGUUUCAUUGGAUACAUCACAGAUGAAUCGGAUAUUGUGGAUUGACAGAGAAAACCUCGUUGCUUGCUGUGAAGCAGGUAUUAUUGGACAAGAUCUUGAGCGAGAAUUAAGAUCAAGAGGCUUAACAUCUGGUCAUGAACCUGAUUCAUAUGAAUUUUCUAGUUUGGGUGGUUGGGUAGCAACAAGAGCGAGUGGAAUGAAGAAAAAUACGUAUGGAAACAUAGAAGAUUUAGUCGUACGAGUAAGAAUGGUAACAGGAAGAACAGAAGAUCCAUCAUUGACAUUGGAAAGAGGCGCGCAAGUACCUCGUAUUUCUAGUGGUCCAGAUUUCGAUCAUAUAAUUCUCGGAAGCGAGGGUACUCUUGGUGUAGUUACAGAAGUUGUUUUCAAAGUCCGUCCACUACCAAAAAUAGUCAAGUACGGAAGUGUUAUCUUUCCGAACUUUGAGAGUGGUGUCGAUGCGAUGAGAGAAGUCGCACGCCAACGGUGUCAACCAUCGAGUAUUCGAUUGAUGGACAAUGAACAAUUUAGAUUUGGUCAAGCAUUGCGACCUGACAACGGUUGGACAGAUAAGAUUAUGCAUGCCUUUAAACAAGCUUAUGUUACAAAAAUUAAGGGCUUUCAAUGGAACGAUGUAUGCGUAGCUACUCUUUUAUUUGAAGGGUAUGAAGCUAAUGAAGUGGCGGCGCAGGAAAAAAAAAUCUACACCAUUGUUAAGCAAUUUGGUGGAAUGGCUGCUGGUGAAACAAACGGAGAGCGUGGUUAUAUUCUAACAUUUGUCAUUGCUUAUAUCAGAGAUUUGGGAUUAGAGUACGGAGUAUUGUCUGAAUCUUUUGAAACCUCUGUACCUUGGAGCCGUGCAUUGUCACUUUGUAAAAACGUUAAAUCUCGCGUGUCACGCGACUGCAAAGAACGAGGUAUAAAGCAUUAUCUUAUGUCCUGCCGAGUCACGCAAACUUACGACGCAGGAUGUUGCAUAUACUUUUAUUUGGCAUUCAAUUAUAUUGGUUUGCAUGAACCCGUUGAAACUUAUGAAACAAUUGAAGAAAAUGCAAGAGCGGAAAUUCUUGCUAGUGGUGGUUCUAUUUCUCAUCAUCAUGGAGUUGGAAAAAUGCGUGCUAAAUUUUAUCCUGAAGCUGUUGGUCAAACUGGAGUCUCACUUUAUCGUGCGAUGAAAGAACAUUUAGAUCCUAAUAAUAUAUUUGCUGCGGGUAAUUUAGUUCCUAAUUAUAGAGCAAAAUUAUAG